AUGACCUUCUCAAUCAGCGUUACCCAUAAAACCCCCAAGAUCGCAGUUGGCGAAGUCUCGCUGUACCACCACCUCCGUGAAGAGCAGCAUGAGAAUGUCCUCGGUUUGGCCGCUAGCACUCUGAUCCAGCAGGGUUGUGCUUGUAUUAUUGCUCUGAAACUGUCUGUUCAUGAGGGUAUUUUACACUGCCAGAUCUAUCGGGUUGGGAGGGGGGCUGAUCCUUCUGUGCUUUCCGAUGGGUCUUGCCCUGAGACAGAAUAUGUUGCGCUACGUGCAAAGGUCAAUUUGGCUUUCAACUGGGUCAGUGCACCUUACAUUGAAAACGGCCGGUGA